AUGGUGACUGAUGCAAUUACUACUCAAGUGGUUAACUCUAGUGCUUACUUCUUUAACAAUACUGCUCAACUCAUUGAUUGCAAGUGCACUCGAGGAGCUGAAUCAACCCUAUUUACAUCAUCUGGAAUGGCUGCUAUCACCGCCAUGUUAUCAGCAUUGGUUCCGGCUGGUGGGCAUAUUGUGACAACUACAGAUUGCUAUAUGAAGACUAGGAUCUACAUCGAGGAACAUCUUUCCAACAAGGAGAUCAUGGUAACCACCAUUGACCCUGCAGAUGUGGAAGCCCUGGAAUCUGAACUGGAUAACAACAAAGUUUCUUUGUUCUUUACCAAAUCUCCUACCAACCCAUUCCUUAGGUGUGUUGACAUCAAGCGGGUUUCAGAGCUUUGCCACAGAAAAGGAGCAUUGGUAUGCAUUGAUGGUUCUCUUGCCACACCUCUGAACCAGAAGGCACUUGCUCUUGGUGCUGAUCUUGUUCUGUACUCCGCCACAAAAUAUAUAGGUGGCCACAAUGAUCUGUGUAAAGAAUAA